AUGUUGCAAAAUGCAUAUUUGCGAGUACAUCCAUUGCAUUCUAGAAUUGGUACGUUCAAGGACGUUGAUCGUUCAAAACUGGUCAAUCACAACUAUACUGAAAUGACAGCAUGGCUGAAGGCAGCAGUACUCAACUAUCCGAACAUAACAUACUUGUACUCGGUGGGGAAAAGUGUACAGGGUCGUGAACUCUGGGUUCUUGUUGUUUCAGACAAUCCGAAAGAGCACGAAAUGCUCGAACCUGAAGUGAAAAUUGUGGCCAAUAUGCAUGGGAACGAGGUUGUGGGACGCGAAGCUGUACUGUACUUAAUCGAAGUUCUCUGCUCAAAUUAUGGGAAGAAUGAAUAUUUAACAAGUUUCGUCAAUAACCAACGAAUCCAUUUUAUGCCCUCGAUGAAUCCGGACGGCUAUGAGCACGGACAAUUAGGAGAUCGUGUCGGAUACUAUGGACGCAGUAACGAACAUAAUGUCGAUCUGAAUCGCAACUUUCCGGCAAGGUUUCCAUCACAUCGUGAACAGUCCGGUGGAGGAGACCCAGAGCCGGAAACGGCAGCAGUGAUGAAGUGGCUGCAGCAAUACCCAUUCGUCGUCAGCGCAAAUUUGCAUGGAGGAUCACUUGUGGCAAAUUAUCCUUUCGACGAUUCGGUGACUGGUCAAGACCAUAUUUACUCAGCGACUCCUGACGAUAGGCUCUUUGUUGAAAUCGCCUAUCGAUAUGCUCGAGCUCACCCACGCAUGUGGAAAACUGGUCGGCGAUGCGGCCUCUCUGCUGACGGAGAUGUAUUCUUGAACGGAAUCACAAAUGGGGCUGAUUGGUAUCAUUUGGCCGGUGGCAUGCAGGAUUGGCAGUACACACAUACAAAUUCGUUCGAGGUCACCAUUGAAAUGGGGUGUUACAAGUUCCCUACAAAUGACAUGCUGCCGAAGUUGGUUACCAGUUGCCGUUCAUUUCUAUCUUUUUGA